AUGUCGUCCACCCCGACCCCAGGAGGGUUCUCUCUAUUCCCGAGUCCCAACUCUUCCAAGCCGCCGUCGACCUCGAAGACUCGACACCGCCGUUCCGAGUCCCGCCGCUCCCGGUCAUCUCGUCGCUCAGAGUCCCGCGAGCGUAGAGCACCCACGCCUCAUGAUAGGAGGGCUGCUACACCACAAGCCAUGUCUCCAGAGAUAACUCAGCAGCCGGCGUCGCCUGCUCGAAACGGACGCCAGUCACCCCAGAACUUUUCGCAGACGCCAAUUGAGUUUGAGGCCAUCUACCAACAACAGCAUGAGGAAGCACAGUUUCAUGUUCAGAGACCUCAACCGGCGGCUGAGAUCCCAAGACACACCGACCCAGAUGUCAUUGCUGGGCCUAGCAGUGAGCGCUUCAGAAGCUCAAUAGCCAAGCCGCCGUUGGGCGAGCUAUCCCCCGAACAGCCGCUGCGCUCCAUCUUUCCGACUUACAACCACGAUGUACCCCUCGACCAGCAGGUGUAUGCCCCCACAGAAAACAGGCCCGCUCCGAUGCCGCGGGCUGUCCUCAGCAGACAGACAUACUACGAGACGCCAUCUGAUUUCAACUCGCCAAACGGUCCCGUUCGGAGCCCCAUUGUCAGCCCUUCUAGUAUCCAGUCCAUAAAGUCGGCAUGGCCCCGACCCCAAAGACUUCAGCAGGAACCUCCUCUCGUGCCCACAAUCAGCUCAACUGAGCAGCUCAAGAACCUGUGGAAGGUUGCCAACGGAUGGCAAGCCUCUGCUUCUGAAGGAAGGGUGUAUUGCUUGAAGUUGAGCCAGGAAAAGGAUGCUCCCGUCUAUAACCUCUCAUCCGCCUCACAACCCUUUUAUAACCUCCGCCUCGACCCGACAUCAGCCUCGGCCUAUGUCACUCUUACACGACACGACCCCAACAAGCCCUACAAGGGCCCCAAGCCCGACACUAACUCGUCGGCUAGCAGCAUCAUCCGCCCUAGUAGCAGCAGCACAAGCAGCCCCAAGAUUACCGACGGCAAGCACUGGCAGGAAGCCUUGAAUACCACCCUCGAGGAAGAGUCACGAAAGCAUCGUCCUAAUGAUGGUCUCGUCGCUCUUCUCAUGCCUACCCCGGCAACAAAGGUGGCCAUUGAGCGGUCCGCUGAUCCCACCACUGUCAUGAUGGCUGAGCGAGAGUGUGCUCGUCUUGUGUGGGAUGACGACAGCUCAAACCACUUCCUCGUUCACCCUGCCCUUGCUGCUCCUUUCUGCGUCACCAUUGAGCGGUCGCCAGCCUGGUCUCGAGUCGAGUACACUCUUGAGCACCACGAGUCACCACAGCAUCUCGCAAAGCUGACCCGUGAUGGCACCGGCGGUGGUUGGCUCGAGGUUGACACCGGCAUUGCCUCCAAGAUCGAGUCAUACUACAUCAUCGACGUUGCCGUCGCAGCGCUGAUGCUCGUCGCCGCAGCCGACGAAAAGAACACACCCGCCGUCGAGGCCUUUGAGCCUCCGCCUCCGCUGAUCCUCACACCCAAGCAAGAGCGCCGUCUUAGCAAGAUGAGCAAGCGUGAGGAAAGGAAGCAGCGCGAAGAGAAGAAGCGCCGCAAGAUGGAGUCAUUCGAGAUUGACGUCGAAAGCCAAGACGAAAGCCUAGGCAAGGGCAAGUCCAAGGAAUUCGAGGACAAGUUGCCCUUCCUCAUCCGAGUGGUCGUCAAGAUCAUAAAAGGCCUGUUUGCCUGUUUCAUCUGGGUGCUGACGCUUGGGUUCAAGUGUUUCGGGGGUGUUUUCAAGGGCAUGUAUAAAUGCGUUGGAUCAAAGUAUUAA